AUGAAGCACAACAUAUUCAAAAAGUCAUUGAGAAACAAACUUCUCAACAGAUUGCCAACAAUCGAGUAUUACUCAAGACCUCAAUUGAUGCUGUUAGAUGGCUCACCUUUCAAGCAUGUGCAAUGAGAGGACACAAUGAACGACUUGAUUCACCCAAUCCAGGUAAUUUUAUCCAAUUGGUAAAAUUACUGGCAUCUUAUAAUGAACAUGUGUCUUCACUGGUGCUUGAUAAAGCUGCUUUUAAUGCCUCUUAUACAUCACCUCGGAUCCAAAAGGAGAUAUUGCAUAUUUUUGCAAAGAAAGUUCAGAAUGUUAUUCGAGAAAAUAUUGGUGAUGCCAAAUAUUGUGUUCUUGUUGACGAGGCUAGGGAUGAAUCAAAAAGGGAACAAAUGGCUAUUGUUUUAAGGUUUGUUGAUAAACAUGGUUAUGUGAUGGAACGAUUUUUUGAUAUUGUUCACGUUCCCAAUACAACCUCACUAACUUUAAAAAAAGAAAUUUGUGAUGUUCUUAGAAGGCACAAUCUGAAUGUGGGGGAUAUUCGAGGUCAGGGAUACGAUGGAGCAAGCAACAUGCGUGGAGAAUGGUCCGGAUUACAAGCACUUAUUUCUAAUGAGUGUCCAUAUGCUUAUUAUAUACACUGCUUUGCUCAUAGACUACAAUUGGCCUUAGUUGCAGCUGCCAAAGAGGUUAUUCCUAUUCAUCAUUUCUUUGAAAAGGUGAAUACAAUAACCAAUGUUGUUACCGCUUCUUGUAAACGGCAUGAUCAAUUACAAGCCGCACAAGCUGAAGAAAUUGCACGAUUAAUUCGUAUUGAAGAGUUAGAGACUGGGAGAGGUUUGAAUCAAGUAGGUACUUUAAAGAGGGCAAGCGAAACAAGAUGGAGUUCACAUUUGAGUUCUCUAAGAAGUUUGAAAAUCAUGUAUGUGGCUACUUGUUCAGUUUUGAAGAAUAUAAUUUCUGACGGAACCACAUAUGCUCAACGAGCAGAUGCAGAUGCAGUUUAUGAUGGAAUAACUUCUUUUGAAUUCAUUCUUAUUUUGCACAUUAUGAUAGAUAUUUUGGAAAUCUCAUAUGAUCUUUGUCAAGCUUUACAGUGCAAGUCUCAGGAUAUUGUGAAUGCAAUGCAUCUUGUCUCCACAACAAAGACAUUGAUCCAGAAGUUAAGAGAAGAUGGGUGGGAUCUCUUGUUUGGGAAAGUGAAACUAUUCUGUGAGAAGAUGAGUAUUGAUAUCCCCAAUAUGACUGACCAUUACACUGCAGGUAGAGGCCGAUCAAGGCGCAUAAAGGGUCCGAACACAAUGGCACAUCACUUUCAAUAUGAUAUUUUUAUUGCUACAGUUGAUUCUCAGUUGCAGGAACUGAAUGAGAGGUUUACUGCCAAUAUGAUGGAAUUGCUUGUGCUUUGUUCUGCUUUAGACCCUCGAGAUGAUUACAAAUAUUUUAGCAUUGAAAAUGUCUGUAAGCUCGUUGAGAAAUAUUAUCCAGAUGAUUUCUCCGAACAAGAAAAAUUACAUUUGAGAUUUCAAUUGGAGCACUUUGAGCUUGACAUUCAUCAAUUCCCAGGCCUUAAAAAUUUGUCAACAAUUUCAGAGCUUUGUCAAGAGUUAGUGAAGACAAGAAAGGCAGAGAUAUACCCUCUUGUUGAUAGAUUAGUUCGACUUGUGUUGACUCUUCCGAUUUCUACCGCUAGCGGUGAGCGUGCCUUUUCUGCUAUGAAACUUGUAAAGACAAGGCUUCGAAACAAAAUGGAGGAUGACUUUUUAACAAGUUAUCUGAUCACAUAUAUUGAGAAGGAAAUUGCACAAUCCUUUGAUACAGACACCAUUAUUGAUGAGUUUUGUGAUAUGAAAGAAAGAAGAUUGCAAUUCAAGCUUCCUAAAUAAAGUUUAAUGGCAUGGGUCUUGAAGGUGUUGAACAUCCAGCUUUUCCACUUCCUCUAUUAUGUUCAACCUUGGAUGUUUGAAGGUGCUGCAGAUACUACAAUAUCUAUCCUUAUAUUUUGUGUUUUUGAAGUGUGCUUACAUUGUUAAGGUACACAAUGUUGACUUUAUAUCUAGUAUUGUAUCUAGUAUUACAUUGGUGUGUGAUUUUGUCCAAAUUUGAUGAUCAUAUUAAUGUAUAUAUAAA